AUUAACCAGAUAUCCUAUUUGAAUGGCUUACAUUAUAUCUUCAGUCAUUUAAUGCUUUACUUAAUUUGUCAGCUGUGUGAUGUUAACAAUCUAAUCUUGUUUGCUUAAUUGCAGUAUUAUAUGAAUCGGAACGUGAACAUGUGGCAAAAAGACGAUUUGGGUAUCGCUCCUAUUCAACCGGCUGCCUUAUGUUUCAGUCACACAAACGAGACAGUCAAAUCAUGUCAUUGUGAAGCUGGCUGUAAACGAAUGUGUGAUCGAGGGCCCAGACCACUUUCACGUAUCCUAAGCAGAUCUCAAACAUGUUGUGAUGAUUCAUUCAUUGGACAAAAGGAACAAAUAUCAUCCUUGGUCAGAGCAAUUCAGACUGAGAUUUGCACUGCGACUGCUGAUAAUACAACAUCAUCUUCAAAAGGUAUGAGAUCUCGACUAUCUACCUGUAAACCACAGUUAAAACUCCAGGAAGAUGAAAUGGACAUGAAGCAUCUCAGAAAACUUGCUUUGCCAAAACAUGUACCUCCACCACCGGGAAAAAUGGUACCUAAGAAUCGAGGUUGGUUACGUUCAACUCCAGUCUAUCGAGGACCAGCGCAAAGUUCUUUAGUGCCAAGACUGACGUUAACUCAUUUUUUGCGUGUGCAAAAGAAUAAAUCAUGCACAGACCAUUGUGUACCUUCAGCAGAUAAAGAACAUAAAACCUCUCAUAACAGAACCAUUCAUUCACAACGUAAAAGCCUUUUGGAUAAAAAUGAUAAACCUGUACGUAAAUUCCAUCAGAACGUAGGCGAAGUUGGAGAUAUGAAACAAACCCACCUCAAAAGUUCAGCUCGAAAUCCAGCUUUAACGGAUGUGGAUGAAGUUGCAUCUAACUUAUCACUGCCAGAGGAUUCUGCAUCAAGUGAUGAAUGCGUGACCAACAGCAGAAGAAGUGAAAAUGAAGAUGAUGAUUACAUUAUCAAUAACAAUAAUGUCUUAACGGUUGACCCUAUCCCAAGUAACUUAAAACAGUCGAAAUUGGUUAACUCUCAGGAUGAAAGUUCAAUGAUAAAAGAGUCAAAAUGUAGCGCUAAUGCCUGUGAAGAAAAUACAACGUCAUCGUCAUCAUCAGCGGCAGUAAAUUUACAAAGCGAAGAUUUUUUGUUAAUGCAACCGAAACAAUCGAAUUUAUCCCCACAAAGUUCCAAAGCAAAUAGUCAUAUGCUGCAGAAGUGUAGAGAACAAACAAGACAAUUAAAUAAAACUGUGGGGACAAAUCAGUACAAUGAUUAUGAUGGUGAAGCAGACGAUGGUGGUUGUAGCUCAAAAGAUCGUGUUGAUAUUUUGAAUGGAAGUUCGAUUGAAAAUUCACAAAUUUCCACGAAUACAACGAAUAAUGGACAUGUUGGAUAUAAUGACGAUGAUAUCGGUAAUGAUGUUGAUCUUAUUUCGUAUUCAGAUGAUUAUGAGGAUUCUCAAGAUACGGAAACAAUAUCAGCUGGGUUGGAGGAUCUUCUGUCUCCUAACCUAAUGCAGUCCAAAUAUGAAGAUAAUAGUAAGCAAAAACUUGAAAGUAUUUCAUUGGACGGUACUACACGGAUGACAAGUUUCACCAAAGUAACAGCCCCUCUAAGCAGUCGUCUAAUUCACGGAUGUUUCGCAGGAACAGCAGAUGAGUUACUUAUUGAUACCAAUGCCAUCCCAACAACAACAACAGACAAUGUCGCUUUAAAUGAUGAUGAUGAUGAUGAAGUUUCUCAUAAUGUGAUCAGGUUAUCACCCACUACGGUUACUGAGUUUUCACAGCGUAAUUCAAACUUAGUUGAAGACCUUGGUAUAGAAGCUAUGCGUUCACGUGAUCCAAAGGAUUAUAUUCUGGGUGGUACAGUUUUAACAUGA